AAGGGGGAAAGGCGAGCAUUUCCGUCGGCUCCAUGUUAGCUAGUUGCUAGCUGUGAGCUAGUUGUUUUGUGUCCGGAUUGUGUGUUUUUUCUGCACUUGUUCACUAUGUCUUAUAAAUUAAACGCCCUUUUUAGCGACUCGUACGUUGAUAUAAGUCAAUAUAGAGACCAGCAUUUCAAGGGUAAUCGGCAUGAGCAAGAAAAGCUGUUGAAGCAAAGCUGUACUCUUUAUGUUGGGAACCUUUCUUUCUACACAACAGAGGAGCAGGUGUAUGAACUUUUCUCCAAAAGUGGCGAUGUGAAAAGAAUAAUCAUCGGCCUUGACAAGGUCAAGAAGACCGCAUGUGGGUUUUGUUUUGUGGAGUACUACACGCGAGCCGACGCAGAGCACGCGAUGAGAUUUAUUAAUGGAACCAGACUGGAUGAUCGAAUCAUUAGAACAGACUGGGACGCCGGUUUUAAAGAGGGCCGGCAGUACGGUCGCGGCAAAUCAGGUGGUCAGGUGCGAGAUGAAUAUAGACAGGAUUACGACCCUGCACGAGGAGGAUACGGCAAACUAAUUCAGAUACAAAGGGGCUCAGACGGACAUCAAAAAUUUUAGUCAUUCCUAAUUUACAGGGACAUUUUGAAAACGAAGCAGAGGAUUUGUUUUUUUAUGUUGAUGUACAUACAAACUACAAGCUAAUCAGCGGUUGCAGAGGAAAUGACCAUCUUGACCAGGUUUGGUGCAAACAGCUGUGUUAGGUUGGGUUUGCCUCUCAUUUUUCUAAUAAACAAUAAGGACUUUUACCUUUC